UUUCUUUACUUAAAGGGAACAGAGAGGCAUUCUCCUCCUUCCAACACCCUUGCCCAGGACUCGGCUUCUGCUUGGCAACUGUAUUGUCUCACAUCCUUCCUAUCUCCUAAGGGGCAGCAGCAUCAGAAGAUUCAGUACGUGCUUAGGCAGAAGAGUGACAAGCCAUGAGUUCCAAACAGCAGUUUGUCAAACUAAACGAUGGCCACUUCAUUCCUGCCCUGGGUUUUGGCACCUAUAAACCCCAAGAGGUUCACAAGAGCAAGUCACUGGAGGCUGCCAACCUAGCUAUAGGUGUUGGGUUCCGCCAUAUUGAUACUGCUUAUGCAUAUCAAGUAGAAGAGGAGAUAGGACAGGCCAUUCAAAGCAAUAUUAAAGCUGGCGUUAUAAAGAGAGAAGACAUGUUCAUCACUACAAAGCUCUGGUGCACUUGCUUUCGUCCAGAGCUGGUCCAGCCUGCUUUGGAAAAAUCACUGAAGAAGCUUCAGCUGGACUAUGUUGACCUUUACAUUAUGCACUACCCAGUGCCAAUGAAGCCAGGGGAUAUUGAUUAUCCAGUAGAUGAAAAAGGGAAAUUGCUAUUGGACACAGUGGAUUUCUGUGCCACGUGGGAGGCAUUGGAGAAGUGUAAGGAUGCAGGAUUGGUCAAGUCUAUUGGGGUGUCCAACUUUAACCACAAGCAGUUAGAAAGAAUCCUGAAUAAGCCAGGGCUUAAGUACAAGCCUGUCUGCAAUCAGGUUGAAUGUCAUCUUUACUUAAACCAGAGUAAGCUGCUGGAUUACUGUAAAUCAAAAGACAUUGUUCUGGUUGCUUAUGGUGCUCUGGGAACCCAACGAUACAAAGAAUGGGUGGAUCAGAACUCUCCAGUUCUCUUGCAUGAUCCAGUUCUUUGUGAUGUGGCCAAAAAGAACAAUCGAAGUCCUGCCCUGAUUGCUCUUCGAUAUCUGCUUCAGCGUGGGGUUGUGCCCCUGGCCCAGAGUUUCAAAGAAAAUGAGAUGAAAGAGAAUUUGCAGGUUUUCGAAUUCCAGUUGUCUCCUGAGGAUAUGAAAACCCUAGAUGGCCUAAACAAAAAUUUUCGAUAUCUUGCAGCUGAGUUUUUUUCAGACCACCCUGAAUAUCCAUAUUCUGAGGAAUAUUAACGUGGGUACCUAGUCAUGACUGCCUGAAGUCACUGUUUGCAGUGAUGUUGGUGAUGUGACUCAGAUGCUGUUUGGUGGACGCCUCUUUUCCAGUCAACCUAGACUGCUUAGCAAAUCUCACAUUCAUCUGAAGCUCCAGCUAAUGGUCUUGAAGGAAAGCGAUUUAAUUUUCAUGAUGCCUCAAAAUAAAUAUAACAUUUUCUUUUCAAAAGA